UUGCCUCUAGCCGGAGACUUCUGGUUGGGAGGGACUAGCUGGCUCUCAGGGACAGGCAGGCGAUCCAGUUACAGAGUAUCCAGGAGUGGAAAAGAGAGAGAAAUGCUGGCCAGGACUCUGUUUGUGUCGGCCCCUGGGAAAGUGAUCCUUCACGGUGAACAUGCUGUGGUCCAUGGCAAGGCUGCCCUGGCAGUAGCUGUGAACCUGCGAACCUUCCUGAAGUGGGCCCCUCGGAACGACGGCAAAGUCUCCGUAGAGCUGCCAGAUAUCAAGACCAGUCUGUGUUGGGAAACUGCCAAGCUCCAGCCGCUGUUAGUGGCCUUCCCUGCUGACCAGGUAGAAUCUCAGCCCCCCAGCCCAGAACAAAUAGAGAAACUGAAGGAGUUUGCAGGACUGAACGACACAACAGCAGCGACCCAAAGCCUCGCUACCCUGGCGUUUCUCUACCUCUACCUGUCCGUUGCAUCCAAAUGUGGGCUCAUGCCCAGCGUGGCCAUCGUGGUGUGUUCUGAGCUGCCCACUGGAGCUGGGUUGGGCUCCAGCGCUGCGUAUUCAGUCUGCCUGGCAGGAGCCCUGCUUUCGGGCUGCGGAGUCAUCGGCUACCCCCUGGAAGAGGGCCAGUCGGUGGGCAGGUGGUUUGAGGAGGAGCUGGCCUUGAUCAACAGCUGGGCCUUCCGAGGAGAGCAGGUGAUCCAUGGGAACCCAUCCGGGGUGGACAAUGCGGUCGGCACCAGGGGUGGAGCUCUGCGGUACCAGUUGGGGAAAAUCUGCUCCUUAAAAAGUGUUCCCUCAUUAAGGAUUUUGCUGACCAACACACAAGUCCCCCGGAGCACCAAGGUCCUGGUGGCAGGAGUCAAAGACAAGAUCCUGAAGUUUCCCGCUGUGAUGCAGCCAGUUCUCGCAUCAAUAGAUGCCAUUUCUCAGGAGUGUGAAAAUAUUUUUGAAGCGAUGGCUGAACAUCCGUCCCUGGAGCACUACCCAGUUCUAGAGGAGCUCAUGGACAUCAACCAGCACCACCUGAAUGUCAUGGGCGUGGGCCAUCCCUCGCUGGACAAGGUCUGUCAGGUGACUGCCUCGAAUGGGCUGCACAGCAAACUGACGGGGGCCGGUGGAGGAGGCUGCGCCAUCACCUUGCUGCGGCCAGACACGGCUGCGUCAGUGGUGGAAGCCACCAUCGGGGACCUGCGCAACUGUGGCUUUGAGUGCUGGGAGACGGACAUCGGGGCCCCCGGGAUACGCGCCCACUCCUUGCAAUCCCUCAAAGCGGAAGUGCUGCAGGCUUUCGGCGGGAUGUAAAGGCGGCAAGGAUAGGAUUUCUCUGUGGAUUGCUUCGGUGUUUCUCGUUGACUGUUUCAAAACAGCUACCUCAUUUCUGAGCAACCAGUCUCGGAUUGGCGCACGUCCAGUGCAUGGGCGGGGUGUAGACCUGGGGCUUAGUUAAUCCAGGAAAUGGUCAGAAUUAAGGGGUUGGGAGGGCAGUUGCAAAAAAUGAAACGCAGUGCCUUUUUAAAUAUAUAGACAUUGUUCCUAAAAUGACGUUGCCUGCUUGAGAUUCAGGAGAACAGCAGGAGUUAGAUGGUUCUUAAUUGGUUUGCCGUACGGAUUAAUCAGUUGAAGCUCUAUCUGGGGGGCUGAUUUUAACCAACAGAGCUGCUAGUCAAAGACACUUUUACUUUGGUUCUUAUCUGUUUCAGCAGGGAAUCAAAAACAAAACCUUUAAAAGGUGGUCUUCUGUCAUGAGUGGUGGAUUUGAAUCACUAAAUUGUUCUUCAGGGGCUUCCUAUAGGGUUUGGUGAUGUGGAUUCCGAAUUAAAGACCUGGGCAAGAAAGGCAGGCGCUAAUGCAGAGGGGCUGUUGGCAAUACAGGCUGUACGCUCAGAAUUGGAGUUUUGCUUCUGGCUUGGGGGUGGAGCAGAGGGGCAUAGCCUGCCUGCUGUGAAUCUGAGCAUGUUGUGCAGGUGUCCCGAGGAAGCUCAGGGAAACCUCUCUUUGCUGGUCCUUGUCUUGUCUGCGGGGCAAGCAUCAUGCUGACCCACCUUGCUGGGCCGUUGCAAAGGUCCCAGCAAGGAUGCUGUGGCAGGCACCUUGAAAAUGAUACGUAAAUGCUGAAUACUCUUCUCCCUUGCGUUUCUUGCCAAGCAAGCCUCUUGGUGAGGGGUUCCAACACCAUUCUUUAUUUAUUUUGGUUUAUAGCAUUCUUACAAACAUUCCAUGCAAUUAAAUGUUAAAUAAUAAUAUAAUGCAAUAAAUACAAUAAAAUAACGGUCACAGCUAA